AGUAUGACCUUUCUGCAUCUCAGUUCUCUCGUGGCGGAAAAGUGUUUCAGAUUGAAUAUGCCUGCAAAGCCGUAGAGAACAGCGGGUGAGUCGAAAUGAUUAACGGCAAGCGUCCCCUAGAACUGCAAUUGCAAUUCGUGGUAAAGACUGCGUUGUAUUUGGUGUGGAGAAUAUUGUGACUUCGAAAUUAUACGAAAAAGGAUGUGUUAAGCGUGUGUAUAAUAUUGACAAACACAUCGGAAUGGUUUGUUUCCUUCGGCCGCUUAUCAUCCAGCUUCCAGGUUGUUGUUGGAUUUCAGGUAGAUGCAAAGGCAUUGGUGAAUGUGGCUAGGGAAGAGUGUGCGAAUUUUAAAGAGAAUUUCGGAAAACCGAUCCCGCUCUAUGUAAAUCGCUCCAUUAACUGUACAUUUCCAUAGUCAUUGGUUGAAAGAAUCGGGAUGUACAUGCACGCGCACACGCUCUACAGUGCUAUUCGACCGUUUGGAGUUUCACUGCUACUUGGUUCCUGCGAAGAAGAUGGUCCCCAUCUCUAUGUUGUGGAGCCUUCGGGCUUGAGUUUUGCAUACCGUGGUUGCGCAAUCGGUAAAGCGAAACAAAACGCCACAACGGAAAUCGAGAAGCUAAAGCCAAUGGAACUGUCAUCCAACGAUCUUGUGAAGGAGGCCGCCAAAAUGUUCCGACUGCGCACCUCUGGUGAUGCAGAGGCCGCUGCAGCUGCAUAUGCUGGGGUGGGUAGUGUAUUGAGCGAACAAGCGGAAGCGUCUCUGCUUGAUUGGAUACUCGUUUUCAGUCGACUCUGUGCGGUUCGUUUGGCAAAAUCUGUGAGAGAAUCUAGAGAAAGUGAGGUUCAUCGUACCCUGUUCGUUGUGUCUGCAUACGCCCCAACUGACUGUAGCCCUGAAUCUGCCAAGGACAGGCUAAAAGCUCAGAUAUCGUUGUGGUUGCUGGUGAUGUGA